AGCUGUCGCUGUUAACGAACGGAGACCGGUUGGGUCUUUAAACUUUCGCGCAUUUCUUUUCCGAACUUGAAAUUUUGGUUUCUUCAUUCUGUGAUAUUUUAAGUGAAAGUGGCUUAUGUGUCACUGAAUAGUUGGGAUUUUGGAUUGUAAAUAAUUAUUGUAUCUUCUUCUGAUUCACAAUGUCGGCAAAAGCCAUCCGAGAAGCGACAGGAAAAGAUCUGAUCAACAAAUACUUGUCGGGCGAUACAAAAGCCGCCCAAUGCCGUUUCGCCAGCGUGGAUCCCGACACCAAAUUUUCCGAAUUGGUUGCCAACAAUCCGUGGUUGAAAACCGAAAAAUUGGUCGUCAAACCCGACCAGUUGAUCAAGAGACGAGGAAAAUUAGGCCUCAUCGCUGUGAACAAGAACCUCGACGAAGUCCAAAAAUGGGUGGGCGAUCGUAUGAACAAGGACCAGAAAAUUGGACAGGCCAGCGGAAAGUUGCGCAACUUCAUCAUCGAACCAUUUGUGCCACACAAGGAAGAAGAAGAGACUUACGUGUGCAUUUAUUCUCAUAGACAUGCCGAUACUAUUUUGUUUUAUCAUCAAGGUGGAGUAGAUAUUGGUGACGUCGACAGUAAAGCAGUCAAACUAGACGUUCCGGUAGGCGAAGACCUCAAAGAAUCCGACAUCGCCAAAGUUUUGCUCGCCCAAGUGUCUCCUAACAAAAAAGACGUCAUCUCCAAAUUCAUAUUCAACUUGUACAAGUUAUAUGUCGACUUAUACUUCACCUAUUUGGAAAUCAACCCGCUGGUCGUCACCGACAAGGAAAUCUACAUUUUGGAUUUGGCAGCGAAACUUGACGCAACCGCCGAUUUUAUUUGCAAACCCAAAUGGGGCGAGAUCGAUUAUCCGACGCCUUUUGGUAGAGAUGCUUACCCUGAGGAAGCUUACAUUGCUGAUCUAGAUUCUAAGUCUGGAGCUUCUUUGAAACUAACAAUUUUAAAUAGGAAUGGUAGAAUUUGGACUAUGGUUGCAGGUGGUGGUGCUUCAGUUAUUUACAGUGACACUAUUUGCGAUCUCGGUGGUACAUCCGAACUGGCAAACUACGGAGAAUACUCCGGAGCACCCUCAGAACAACAAACCUACGAAUACGCCAAAACGAUUUUUUCUUUGAUGACGCACGAUAAACAUCCUCAGGGCAAAGUUUUGAUUAUUGGAGGUGGUAUUGCAAACUUUACAAAUGUUGCAUCAACUUUCAGGGGUAUUAUUACAGCCUUUGUAGAAUUCAAGGACAGAAUGAUUGAACAUAAUAUUAAGAUUUUCGUGAGAAGGGCAGGGCCAAAUUAUCAAGAGGGUUUGAGGAGGAUGCGCGAAGUAGGACAGACACUUGGUCUCCCUCUGUACGUUUUCGGUCCGGAAACUCACAUGACCGCCAUUUGCGGCAUGGCGCUGGGCACGAGGCCGAUCCCUCAGGAAAACAACGUCGAAUUCACCACGGCGAAUUUCUUGUUGCCCUCCGGCGAUAAACAACCCAUCAAAAAGAAACCGGAAGAAGUUGCUGCGACUGCCAGGGCAAACGCCAUCAAAGUUGCUGCGGCGCAUGCGGCUGCCAGGAAAUCGGAACCAAACCAGAUGGAGGCGCAUCCCUCAUCUCAGGGAGAUGCAAAAUCCAGCCCCUUAUUCUCAAGCAGCACCAAGUCUAUUGUAUGGGGUAUGCAAAACAGAGCCGUCCAAUCGAUGUUAGAUUUCGACUUUGUUUGUAGAAGACAAGAGCCCAGCGUUGUGUCUAUUAUUUAUCCAUUUACUGGUGAUCAUAAACAGAAAUUCUAUUGGGGACACAAAGAAAUCCUUAUCCCAGUCUACAAAAAAAUGAACGACGCCAUGACCAAACACCCAGACGCCGACGUCUUGAUUUCGUUUGCCUCUUUACGGUCCGCCUACCAAAGUGCUGUAGAAACUAUGGAAUUUCCUCAAAUUAGAACCAUUGCUAUCAUUGCUGAAGGAAUACCUGAAAACAUGACUAGAAAACUAAUAAAGUUGGCUGACGAAAAAGGAAUUGUUAUAAUUGGUCCUGCAACAGUUGGCGGUGUAAAACCAGGUUGUUUCAAAAUCGGCAACACCGGAGGCAUGAUGGACAACAUUCUGCAUUCGAAAUUGUACAGGCCCGGCAGUGUUGCCUACGUUUCCAAAUCGGGAGGCAUGUCCAACGAGUUGAACAAUAUUAUUUCACAUACUACUGAUGGAGUUUACGAGGGUGUCGCCAUUGGUGGCGAUAGGUAUCCCGGAACGACGUUUAUGGAUCACAUUAAGAGAUAUCAGGCUGACGACAACGUUAAAAUGAUCGUCCUUCUAGGAGAAGUAGGCGGAACCGAGGAAUACAAAGUUUGCGACGAACUCAAAAAAGGCGGCGUAACAAAACCAUUAGUCGCAUGGUGCAUAGGCACCUGCGCCAGUAUGUUUACAACCGAAGUCCAAUUCGGACACGCUGGCUCAUCUGCUAACUCGGCUCAAGAAACUGCCACUGCUAAAAACGCAGCCCUCAGAGAAGCCGGAGCUCACGUACCCGAUUCCUUUGACGCCUUGGGCGAUCUUAUCAAGUCCCUGUACGAAAAACUAGUCAAACAAAACGUCAUUGUACCUACACCCGAAGUACCACCCCCCACGGUGCCUAUGGACUACAAUUGGGCCAGAGAAUUGGGACUUAUUAGGAAACCGGCUAGUUUUAUGACUUCAAUUUGUGAUGAGAGAGGACAAGAAUUGAUUUAUGCUGGUAUGCCAAUUUCCGAAGUUCUCCAAAAGAACGUGGGUAUCGGUGGCGUUAUUUCCCUACUGUGGUUCCAAAGAUGUUUGCCCCCCUACGUAUGCAAAUUCUUUGAAAUGUGUCUGAUGGUCACAGCUGAUCACGGACCGGCUGUUUCCGGCGCUCACAACACAAUAGUGUGCGCGAGAGCCGGCAAAGAUUUAGUAUCCAGUUUGGUGUCGGGUCUGCUGACCAUCGGCGACAGGUUCGGUGGUGCUUUAGACAGUUCUGCUAAACAAUUUAGUGAGGCUUAUGAUAAAGGUAUGCAUCCGGCUGAGUUUGUAAAUCACAUGAGAAAUAAAGGAGACCUUAUUAUGGGUAUUGGACAUAGAGUGAAAUCCAUCAACAACCCUGACCAAAGAGUGCAAAUCCUUAAAGAAUUCGUUCUGGCCAACUUCCCAGCGACUCCGCUCCUAAAAUAUGCCCUUGAAGUUGAGAAAAUCACCACCAGCAAAAAGCCCAACCUCAUUCUCAACGUAGACGGUUGCAUUGCUACCUGUUUUGUAGACAUGCUGAAAAAUUGCGGCAGUUUUACUGAAGAAGAAGCACAAGAAUAUAUCAAUAUUGGAGCUAUUAACUCCUUAUUUGUUUUGGGUAGGACUAUUGGAUUUGUUGGACACUAUAUGGAUCAAAAGAGAUUGAAACAAGGCUUAUACAGACAUCCGUGGGACGAUAUUUCUUACGUAUUGCCAGAACAAUACAACAAUUAAUUCAAUUUGCACAUUCUUGUAGGUCUAAACUAAAAGUCUGUCACAGUUAGAAAAUUUCCUUAGCGAUCUAAAAAAAAUUUUAGGUAACUUUCCGCAAGCCUAGUUGAGGAAAUAUUGUGAAAACUUGAAAACAUGUAUUUAUUGUUAAAGUUAAGUUAAUGUGCGUGUUACCGUGCUUCAAGUUAAUAAUUAACUGAAGAAAAAAAUUGUAAUUGUUAACAAAAUGAAUAUUUAUAUAUUUUUGUAUAUUGUUUUUAAUGCACCACUUUUAAGGAGAAUUUUUAAAGCUUAGACGAUUUUAGGAUUAAAAUGAUUAUUGUUUUGUAAUAAUGAUGGCACUUUUUUUGAUAAUUUUACCUCAAAUAAAUUAUGAAUAUUUAGGAGCAA